AAGUCACACUACACAGAUUUCACCGUUCCAACGACUGUAAUGUAUUUGGAAGAGGGAGUACUUGCACUUUGAACUCUGCUCUUCUCCGACCAGUUCUCCGCUUGUUGCGCUCUCUGAGCUCUCAAUGAGAAUGUAGCUGGUAUAGAUCGACGUUUGAUUUUUAAGGCGAAGGCUUGUGAAAUCUGAUCCAGAGAGGUUGGAAUUCUGGAAUAUAUCUCAAAACAGAAUGGAUCAGAAGUCAUGGAUUUGGAAAAAGAGAUCUACUGAGAAGACCUUAGUAGCUGACAAAGGAAACUAUUCGUUUACCAAAAAUGAAGAAGUUACUGAGAUUCAGAAACUUCAGAGUGAGAAAGCUGAACUAGAAAGAGAGCUCCAAACACUAGAAGGAAAACUCUCAUCGGCCCUCUCUGAGUGUCAUGCUAAGGAUAGUAUUGCAAAGAAGCAGGUGAAAAUUGCAGAAGAAGCUAUUGCAGGAUGGGAAAAAGCAGAGGCACAAACAAGAUCUUUGAAACAAGAACUUGAGAAGGUUUUGCAGCAGAAAGCUUCUUCUGAAGAAAGAAUACACCACUUGGAUGCAGCGUUGAAGGAAUGCAUGCAGCAACUACGUUUUGUUCGGGAAGAGCAGGAGAAAAGAGUUCAUGGUGCUGUGAUCAAGACAUCAGAGGCAUUUGAGAAAGUGAGGAUUGCUUUAGAUGACAAGUUAGCCGAGUCGGGAAAAAGGCUUGCCAAAUUAAGUGCUGAAAAUACACAGCUCAUUAAAGCCCUCUCAGGGAAGGACAAGGUGAUAGAAGAUUUAAGCAAUUACAGAACCCGUUUGGAGGUUGAUUUUAAAGCCCUUAUGUCAAGAGUAGAAGCCACUGAAAAAGAAAACGCUUCUCUGAAAUAUGAAGUUUGUGUUCUUGAAAAGGAGCUCGACAUUCGGAAUGAGGAGAGAGAAUUCAAUCGCCGAACAGCUGAGGUAGCUCAGAAGCAACACCUGGAGAAUGUGAGGAAAAUUGGAAAGUUGGAAUUGGAAUGCCAGAGGCUGCGUCUUCUUGUCAGGAACCGGCUGCCUGGCCCUGCCACUUUGGCCAAGAUGAAGAGUGAAGUGGAGGUGCUUGGAAAGCAUCAAGUAGAAACGAAGAGAAUAAAAUCAAAUCCCUAUUCAACCAGUUCUAUGGAAUCUUGCGUAAAAGUGGUUCAUGACCCUCCAACCAAGAGUAUCAAAAUCCCGGCUCCGAAGACAUGCAAACUAGAAGAUAAAAACAGGACCCUCAAAGUUGGUCUUAACAAGAUAUCCAGUGAACCCCAAUCUACGUAUUUAUAUUCGUACCCCGGAUUAUCACAAACUGAAGGGAAGGCUGAAGAAUUCCUGAAGGGCCAGAAUAUUGAAGAACCAGUCAGACAUUUACAACACUUGCAGGACCACUCUGUCGUUGCUUCAUCUGAAAUGUGCAGUGAGGACAAAGCCAUCUGUGCUGAGUCCUGGGCUUCUGGUUUGAUAUCAGAGCUAGAGCAUUUUAAAAACGAGAAACAACUGGGAAAUUCAUCGUACACAAGUAUGGGAAAUUCUGAGAUAAAUCUCAUGGAUGACUUUGCUGAGAUGGAAAAGGCUGCAGUAGUCUCUGUCUCUUAUCCAUCCAGAAGCUCCCAUCAUUCUUCCGAGAUAGUUAAUGAUGGACUAUCAGAACCGUCGAUCCUGGACCAGGAAAUUCCGCCCGAGCAUGUAGUAGCCAAUAGAAUAGCUCCGGGGUGUCUGAGUGACAUGGUGAAAAUACUUUUAGACCACUCCCAAGUAUCGCGGAGAAAUCCUCAUGAAGUAUUAGAUGAUAUGAAACUUGCUUUGGCGCACAAUAUUGAAGACAAAUUUGCAUUUUGUGGCAAUGGAAAUUCUCAUCAGGUAGAUCCAUCCUGCACCGGAAAUGGGCUUGCUGCUAUUACAAUGUCACCAAGCAAGUCGGUAAAUUUGGAUGCAUUGGAAACGAAGAAGAGUGGCCAGAAACUACCUUCAAUUGUGAACACAUCAAUAAACAAAAUUAUCGAGCUACUCGAAGGAUUAAAUAUAGAAUCUCGAGACAAUGGAGCCGAAGAAUCUUUCUCAGGGAAGGAAGACAGCCCCUUGUCUUACAAGAAUUCAGAAAACUCAGCAGGUUACGUUGUUCGAGUGUUUCAGUGGAAAAUUGCCGAGCUCUCACCCAUUUUGCAGCAACUCAUUUCAACUUGCAAUAAAUUGUUGAACGGAACAGCUGAUCUAGAACAGUUUACUCAGCAAGUGGCUUCCAAUUUAGAAUGGGUAAUAAACCACUGCUUUUCCAUUCAGGAUGUGUCCAGCAUGAAGGAUGCAAUGAGGAGCUAUUUCGACUGGGAUGAGUCAACGAGUGAUGCCGAAGUUGAAUGUGGAUCUGCACUUCCUUGUCUGAGCAGCUACAACAGGAUUUAUUCAUGCAAUGAAGCACUUCACCUUGCUAAAGGCAAAUCCUGGAACGAUGAUCAGGAAAACAAUGAAUCGUAUUUGGUAGAUUUAGAAGGGAGGCUUCAAUCAGAAAUUGCGAAGGGCGAAGGCUUCGAGACUCAACUUCAAGAAUAUAAAGAAACGGUUGAGAAUCUUCGCACAGAGAUGGAAACUAUGAAGCAAACAAAGGGAGAAAGCGGAAAUCUGUCUGAGAAACAAAAAAUGAUGAAAGAAGACCUCGAGGCCCAGCUUAUGGAUAUCAAUAAUGAAUGGAGAAAGGCAUGCCAAACGAUUUUAUGUUUGGAAGAUAAGCUGGAAAAUAAGAAUAACUUGUGUAUGACACUGGAACAAACAUGUCGGGAGCUACAGACGAAAAUAGAAAGCAUGACAAACAUCGAGGCUCCAGAUCACAGAGAGCAAUGGGAAACACAGCUCGAAAAUGAUUGGGAGAUUACUACCGCUUCAGAAAAAUUAGCGAAAUGCCAAGAAACCAUUCUGAAUCUUGGGAAGCAGUUGAAAGCACUAGCUUCACCCAGUGAUGCGGCUCUUUUUGAUAAGGUCUUGUCUAAACCAGACGAUUCUGUUGGUACCAGCCCGUCAUCGAGUCAGAGAAACACUAGCCAACGAUCGUCAUUACUGGACAAAAUGCUCGCUGAGGACAGCAAAAAAAUUACUACUUCUCCUAUUUCCAAUGCAGAUAUUAAGAAAACUAACAUUUGCACCUCUUCUGCUGUCGCCAAUGCAGCAGUCAAGAUCUGUGACAAAUUCGCGACAACUAAUGGAAUUAACCGCAAAGGUGAACGCGGAAAGGCGGCUGCUUCCAUGGACAUUGUCCCUCGCAGGAAAAGACGAGGCUGGAGCAUCUUCAGGAGGCUAUUCUGGCGACGAAAGAAAGGUAACACUGACAAAACACCAUUGUAUUAAAUUAAGCUGCAAUUGAUGAUGAUGAUGGUCGAUGCAUGCUCCUUUGUGUGUCUUAAUAUCUGUGAAUCUAUGUGUUCUGCUUUGGUCUAUUUAGAGUAUAUAAAGAGCUAGCAUCAUCAUUCUUUUUUGAGCGUUUUCUGUGAAUACAAACUACAACAUAUGCCCUUAGUUAGCUCUGUCGAAUGAUGCAAAAAUUUUGGGGAAUAUGACUUUGAUGGGCAUGGAUUAGCUGCUGGUCCAUAAUGCUGACUUAAACAGAUCACGAUC